CAGACUUCAGCACCAUAUCGAAGCAAUUCCAAAGAGGGGAGGCCAAACGAGACCAAAAUUUCCUCAGACAACUAACUCCCAAAGACCAUACAAUACCUCUCAACUCACCCAAAGCAGACACUUCCGCAAGAUGGCGAUAUCGUACUCAAUGGCUGCCCAAAAAGCAAUGAGCGAGAAGGAGAAACAUGACUUUGCUUUAAGGCAAGGGGGUACGACAACAAGCAAAGCAGGUCAGACAGCUUCUCAGUCAGGUACAGUGUCAAGAACAAGUGAAACCAAGUCGCAAUCUUUGGGGCAAAAGGCAAUGGAUUUCCUGUUGGAGCAGACACAAAUCAAAGCAGAGAUCAAGAUCACGAAAGAGGUAAUCAAGGGGGAAGGGGGGAAGGAGGAAGAAGUGGAAGUUUGGGAAUACCCAGAAGAGGACAUCCAAUCACUGAAUGAGCUGUACGAGAAGCAUGCUGUCCUCUUCAACUUCUCGGGGAGAAGCAGAGAGUUGCCACUGAACGAGAAGAGAAGGUGGGUGAUGGACAGGCUGACAGCUAUGGAGGAGGUACCAGGGAAGGAACCAGAGGUCUCGUACCACAGGAGGGGAAGGUAUGCGGUGAUGAUAGUCUGUGUGGAUCCUACCUACGCCCAGUACCUGAUGUCGAUUGGCUCAUUGAAGUGCAAAGGAGCGGUAGUCACAAUCCAACCUUGGAAGCCGCCAAGACCACCGCAGGCCGAGGCAUCAAGACACAGGCAAUCAAUGUUGAGGAACCAUUUAUGGGUACAGUUUGACAAUCUAUCGGAGGGAAUGCAUAGUUUCGUACAAAGAAGAUUGGACGAAGAAUUCCCAAGCAACCCGAUCAUAGAAUGGCUCCCAACCAAUCCCGAUUUUCUGGCACCUAACCACGAUGCAAGGGUGGCUUGCUUGGAGGUUAAGUCAGGGGCACCGCCGAAACUCCCAGACCAAUGGAUCUUCAAGAAAAGUGGCCAGAGAAUCACAGUCUUCAUCUCCACCAAGACUAACCCAUUCUGCUUCAAAUGCAGGGGUAGAGGCCAUCUAGGUACCUCUUGUCCACAAGGGGGUUCAGGAGGAGCAGAAGUAAAACGGGUGGCAUUGAGACAAUUUAUGCUCCAGGAAUGUGAGAACAAACCAGGUGUCUGGUAUAUCAAUUCAUCCCAGUACAGGGGAUGGAUAUUUGAUGACAACCUGGAAAAUCCAAGGUGGGUGUCGGUCUUGAAGAGGGAACCAACACUCAAACGAGACAUUUACCCGCCCUAUGAUAGUAGGUGGCAACACACGGGAGCCAAGAGAAUGGAGGACAAGGAAACGGGCUACAUCGUUAAGUCCAUCUUGGACGAUGCGGUCAUGCAGGACGCCGAACCAAGACUGAAGCUCAUGAAGGAACUGCACGAGGUCGGGAGAAAUGCAGAAUUGGCCUUUUUGGAAAAUGCUGAAGCCAGAGCACAACAACAGGAGCAGAUAAGAGGCCACGAGGAGGGGUCAAAGGACUUAGAAGAGGGUAAGGGUGAUAACAUGGACUAUGAGGACGGAGGGAGAAGUGGAACUGAAGGAGGAAGCACUUCCACAAAGAGAAAGGGAGAUUCAAGGGGUGAGGAUGGGUCCAACACUCAAGGAGAAAGCUCGCAGCACGGGAAAAGCAGACAAAAGGCCCAAUCAGGGGAGGCUGAUACCGCAAGGGAGAAAGAGGAGGAAGGCGGAACCAGCAAGGAAGCUUCAGGGAGUUGGGGGAAGGAGAAUGAGACUGACACAGGCUCACUAGGGGUGGCAUCCAAAGGAACCAGGGCAGAGGACGAAGAGACAGGCAAAGCAGGUGGGAGAGAGGUGGUCUCGAUGGAAAAGGACCCCUCAGAAGGCUCGUCACAGCACAAAGAGGACAGAAGCGGUUCCCAGGGGUCCCAGGAACUGGAGGACGAGGACAAAGUAAGAGAAAGGGCGAGAAGGAGAGGCAUGCUCAAUGUGGAUAAUAUGACAAUGGAACAGAUAUUGCAAGCAGAGGAAGACCAGAGAGAGAGCUCAGGAGACACGGAGAACGAAGCCUCAUCAGAGGAGGAGGAAGAAGAGGAGGAGGAAGAGCAGGACGAGUUGGAUGAGAAAGACUGGUCAAGGGAACAAUGGGUAAAAGAGGUCGAACAGCUGGAAUGGGGAAGAUUGGUCGAAUGUGAAAUCAGACUGGCCCACCACAAACACCUGAGAAACCUUCAGCAAGUCACACAAGCAGGGGAGGACUUCACUUCAGAAAACAGAUUUGAACUGCUAAGGAGAGAAGGAGAAAUCAACGAGUUCUGUGCUUCUCAGUACACAAGCAAAACCCGCACAAUCAGGAAUGAGAUCCACGAACAGCAAGAAGAAUAUGGGAGAAACUUCCAAUGGCCAAAGACCUACCACAGCAAGGAAAGGAAGAGGGAUGGUAAGAAACGGAAGGCACAGACGAUGGAGGAACAAAGCGUUUCUGCUGGUCUGAAGAAUGACUCAGUGGAGGAUACAGCAAUGGAUGAGGACCGAGCGAAUGGAGAGAGCGAAGUGGAAGAAGUGCAGGACUUGAGAAGGCAAGCAGCAAUUCUGGUGGCACAGGUAAUCCUUCUCAAGGAUGAAAACAGGGAACUGGAAGAGGACACAACGAACGUGCAAAAAAUAGCAAAGGGUCAAUGGAAGGAAAUAGAAGCAGCAGCUCGACUUGAAGCCAAGAAUGGGACAAGGAGGAGAGUGGUCUUGCCUUGUAGAUGGAACACAACACACUCAGACUGGGAGGUGGCAAUUAACCAGUCUUUGCAGUUGUUAACAGCCCCAAUGGAGGAAUGCUCAGGCUCGGACCUGCAGAGAUUAAUAGGUGCGAAGGUGCCAGCUCGAGCCUUCAUACUGAGAGAGGGAGGAGAGGAACCGAUGACAAUUGGGGAAGAAAGAGAGGAGGAGGCAACAGUCGACUUUGGACCGAUACUAUUCCAAAUGGGGCAGAGUCCACAUUAAGGGAGGGGUUGAUCUGGAUGCCCUGGCAGGUAGUGGAAACCAUUCCCUACGGACUACUGGGAGGGGAAGUAGGGGCGGAAUGGGUGGCUAGAUGCACAGCGGUGGCAGUGAAGAUGGAGGCGUUGGGGUGGAAGCCGAACUUCUUCGAGAAAAGGGUAACUGAGGUAGCAAUCACCAUAGAUCUCACCCCUCUAGACACUUGAAAAUGGAAAGAUAGAAGAGAAGUCCACAUUCUAACAAGGAGACCCAAUGGAGAGAGGAGAGUUAGAGAGACCAAGAAAGCAGAGAAGAAGGAUUAAGGGGGGAACGGGUCUACCGGAACUCAAAAUAUCGUCAUGGAAUGUGAAUGGGCUGAUUGGGAUAUUAGAGAAUGGAGACGAGUGGCAAAAUGUAGUAAAUUACUCAGAAUGGU